AUGGCUCAAGUAGCCUAUAUUCUACCAAUCGAUUUUCCUAUGCGUCCAAAACUAAUGCUAUUAGAUAUACUUGCUGAUCCUGAUUUGAAACAAGUUCAAACUUCAACUCAUAAAUCUUCAUCUAGAAAAAUUUCCGUUAAUGCAACUGUCACAAACCCCUCUUGUGAUUUGGUUAUAUCAAGUGCUCUAAGACACCAAUAUGCAUGCUUCAAGGAAACAAUCGCUUUCAUAACUCAACAACUUAAAGAGUUAGAAAAAAUUAAAUUAAAAAUAGUUAAUGAUAUUAUUGAUGUUAAAACUACGCCAAUUUUAUACUUAAAUACACCAAAUUAUGAUGACUUCAUUGAAAUAAUCUCAGAUAAUACUUUAAAUAGUGCAUCAUACAAUAGGCAGCUUGACUUACAAUAA